AUGACGGACUCCACACCUGACCCCAGCUGGUCAGACGAACCUGCAGUGCUCAAAGUCUUGCAUUGGUACAAGCUUUUCGACUCUGACGCACCGCCGCGACUCGGCAUCGAUAUCGAGAGACGACUACCGUAUACAGCCUUCUCUGCUUUUUCCGUUGGUUUUGCAGUUGGUUCAUCGCAUGGGUCAAAAAAGGCAGCAUAUCAGUUUCGUGCGGAGAACGCCCAUCGAUUCCCGACGACGUCCACGGGAUGGUUUCAGUAUCAUAAGACCAAGAACUACAAGGCGAUUGUGGGUGGAGUAUUCGAGGGCGCGAAGUUGGGGGCAAGGCUAGGCGCUGGGGCAAUCGCUUUCUGUCUGUUCGAAGAGACUGUGGACUAUGCCCGUCAUGAUCGCCGAGAUUUUAUUUCUACGGUGAUUGCCGGCUUGUCGUUCUCUGGUGUCUACAGUGUGCUAGCUCGGCAUGAUAUAUACACAGCAGCACGCACGACCAAAUUGGGCCUGAAACUGAGUCUGGCGUAUGGCUUGACCCAAGAUGCUCUCGAGGCUCUGAAAGGCAACCGCCCAGCGUACCUCCAGUAUAUUUUUGGUGGCAAGGGUUCCUCGCCGAGCAAGGACACAGUGUGA